AUGGAGGCAGAAAAUAAAAAAGUGGAUCAUGUGAAGCAUCAUGAACGGCCCGAACUCGACAAAGGGGUCAGGAUGCCGACAGAAAUGGGCACCCUACAGCGCCGGCUCAAGUCCCGCCAUAUUCAAUUCCUUGCUCUCUCUGGUGCUAUUGGGACUGGUCUCUUUGUUAGCACAGGUCAAGUACUUUCGUUAGCCGGGCCAUUAUCGACGGUCCUUGCAUAUCUCAUAACUGGCUUUAAUCUCUAUGCGGUGAUCAACAGCAUGGGCGAAAUGGCGACCUGGCUUCCAUUACCUGGCGCCGUUCCCGUGUACGCAUCUCGAUUUGUCGAUGAGGCUCUGGGGUUUACUCUAGGUUGGAAUUAUUGGUAUCAAUUUGCUAUUGGUGUUCCGAUUGAGAUAAGCGCAGCUGCUCUUGUGAUUGACUACUGGCCUAACAACAUUUCCUCUGCCGUGUGGAUCACUAUACUUUAUCUAGCUAUUUUUGCCCUCAACUGCCUUCCUGUUAGGAUCUAUGGUGAACUCGAGUUUGUGCUUGGUUCGAUCAAGCUUCUAACCAUUGUGGGGUUGAUGUUGCUCAUGUUCAUCAUCACACUUGGCGGAGCUCCGACACAUGACCGUAUAGGGUUCCGCUACUGGAAGCAUCCUGGUCCUAUGAAUACCUAUCUAGAGGAGGGAUCCUUAGGGCGCUUUCUAGCGUUUUGGAAAGUUUUUAUUCAGGCAACAUUCAGCUAUGGGGGCAGUGAAAUGGUGGUGAUUGCAGCAGGAGAGACUGAAAACCCCCGGCGAAAUAUCCCCAAAGCCGUGCGGCGUGUUUUCUGGCGCAUUGCUAUAUUUUACGUUGGCAGCGUUUUUCUUGUCGGUCUAUGUGUCUCAUCUAAAGACCCUAGGCUGCUCAACGCCAUUGGCGCAGGCGCGGCAGGUGUGGGGGCCAGCCCUUUUGUUAUUGCAAUCGAAAAUGGGGGUAUUCAGGUUCUACCAUCCAUCAUCAACGCCGUUGUUCUUACGUCGGCAUUUUCGGCCGGUAACUCUUUCUUUUAUGCUUCGACUCGAAUUCUAUAUUCCACAGCAUUGGAUGGGAAAGCACCUCGAUUUCUGCGAUUUGAGAAAUUUGGAGUUCCAUACGCUUGUGUUGCCGUCACUGCUGCUUUGAGUCUACUUGUGUACCUCAAUGUCUCAUCAAGCUCGGCUGAGGUCUUUUUCUGGAUUAGCAACCUCAGCUCUGUGAGCACAUUGAUCGUGUGGUCGUCAAUUGCUGCGACCUAUGUUCGUUUCUAUCAAGGACUAAAAUACCACGGCAUCUCACGGUCUACUCUGCCAUUCAAGUCACCUUUUCAGCCCUUCCUGGCUUACUUUACAAUAGUAUUCUCCUUGACUGUGGCAUUCUUCAAUGGGUUUGAUGCUUUCUUUCCUGGUCAUUUCAAUGCCAAGUCCUUCAUCCCACCUUACAUUGACAUUCCCAUCUUUGCUUGUCUUUUUCUGGGUUACAAACUCCUGAAAAGAACAAAAUUUGUUAAGUUAGAGGACAUGGAUUUCUGGUCUGGCAAAGAAGAGAUCGACCGACUAGAAUCCAUGUGGGAAGAGCCUAAGCCUCGCAACUUUCUUGAACGAAUAUGGUUCUGGAUUGCAUGA